AUGUCUCAUUCUUCCGAACUCAAUGAAAUGAUGGUUCUCUUGGAUACUGAAGCCAAACCUAUGUACAACGAAAAUGGUCAUUUAAAAGUAAACUAUAUUAAAAAUUUUGAUGAAUUAGAACAAACGUUAGAUGAACAUCCAAAUAAGCAACUUCAUCUAUUCGUAUCGUCAAAAAUUGCUUUUACAGAUCUCUUGUCUAAAUUACAUGAUAAAAAACAAGUAAAAGAGAUUCAUAUUUAUGGUACAAUUGAUACUAAGUUACGUGUUCAAUAUCCAAAAAUUCAUUACACAUUCCAGAAAGCUAAUUUGAAUUAUUAUUUACAUGCUGUUCAAAUGGAUAAUUUAGCAACUAUUGGUGAAAGCUUGAAAGAAAGUAACAAAGGUUUAGCAGAACACUAUUUUCGUUUGGUAAGUCAAACAUCAGAAGAUUUAGGACAAACAGAACUAAUGAAUUCAAAUCCAAAUGAUGGAAAUAAUGAACAUUAA